AUGGAGACUCCAGUGUUUGAAAAAAUUGUCUCUCUUGGGGGGAGUUCCUUGACCGCAGGACUCGUCGCGUGGCUGGGUAUAGCUUCUUUGCUAGUGUAUGUCUUAUCUCGCCAUUCUGCGGUACGAAAGGCUCAGAUCCAGAAGGGCUGUCAUCCAGUGCGCCAGUACCCUCGAAAAGACCCAAUACUAGGACUUGACUAUGUCAUUGAAAGCGUGCGUGCAUUUCGCCAGCAUCGGUUUCUUGCGACACUACAGCAUCGCCACAAAACAACCGGAACGACGUUUGGCAUCCGGGUUUUCCGCUCACGCGGAAUCUUCACGAUCGAUCCCAAAAACAUUCAGGCGAUCUUGUCGACACGAUUCAAGGAUUAUUCUCUCGGAAACCGGUCCACGGUCAUGGGUCCUCUAUUGGGCAGGGGAAUUUUCGUGACCGACGGGCCGGAAUGGGCUCAUUCUCGUGCUCUUCUUCGGCCGCACUUUGUCAAAGAUCAGCUGGUCAAUUUGAGUUCGCUCGAGGGUCAUAUCCGGAGCCUGCUGGGCUGCAUCCCUGACGAUAGACAGGUGGAUCUGCAGGAGCUGUUCUUGCGCUUUACGUUGGACACGACCACCGACUUCUUAUUUGGCAACUCUGCCGACAGUCUGGCUGGAGGAGGAACAGAAGAGGAGCGCGAGUUCGGCGAGGCAUUCCGGCUGGCAAUGGACGACAUCACAUUGCAGUUCCGAAUGGGGCCCUUCAGCGCGUUUCGGCGAGUUGAUCCCAAAGUAAAGGCUGCAUAUCGUACCUGUCGGACAUACGUAGACAUUUUUGUCGACAGGGCCAUUGCAAAGCGAGAGAAGUAUGCGGAUAUGACGGAGAAAGGGGGCAAGCGAGACUGCUUUCUGGACGAGCUCGCAACAACCACCGCAGACCGAGAGAAGAUGCGAGACGAACUGUUGAGCAUUCUCCUGGCCGGUCGAGACACCACGGCGAGUCUGCUGAGCAGCUUGUUCCACGUACUGGCGCGUCGGCCGGACGUCUGGCAGAAAGUGCGGCGCGAGGCGGCAGGGUUAAAGGGGAAGGCGCCCACCUAUGCGGCCCUCCAGACGAUGAAAUACGCAAAGCACGUGAUAAAUGAAGUUCUCCGCCUGUACCCUCCAGUGCCGAACAACAGAAGAGUUGCAGUGCGAGACACCGUGCUUCCCCGCGGCGGUGGCCCCGAUGGCGAUUUCCCAGUCUUUGUCCCCAAGGGCUCUCUUGUAUUGUACUCUGUCUAUGCAAUGCACCGACAUGUCGACCUGUUUGGGCAGGAUGCAGAGGAGUUCCGCCCAGAACGAUGGGAUACGACCCGGUGCUCAUGGGAAUAUCUGCCCUUCAAUGGGGGCCCUCGAACCUGCUUGGGUCAGCAGUAUGCGUUGACGGAAGCCCUCUAUGUGUUGCUCCGGUUCGCCCAAGUGUUUCAGAGCAUCGAGACGCAAGAUACCACGCCAUGGACGGAAUCUCUCACUUUGACAGUUUGCUCAGCAAACGGUGUUCACGUUACGAUGCAAAGAGUGAAAAGUUAG